AUGGUCCUGGCUAGACAACUUAAAUCAAGAAAAAUGGACGAGAAAGCUGAUAAGAGAGUUCAUAGAACCUUUCAGGAAUCCAAGACAGGGGAACCCAAUAUAUGUUCCGUUUGGUGUCGAGGGAAAGAUAGUAAAACCACCACAUUGUCAACCAAUUCCAAUAAUAACCAUAUGGGACACGGUAGCCCUUCUUUGGACAAUCUACAUCAUGAAAAUGAAGGAUUUCGAGGAAAUGGAACUUCAAAACCAGAAAAAAUAUCUUUCCAGAAUGCUAAUUAUCUUGGCCGACAAAAUCACAAUGAUGAAUACGGAAAGGUUGCAUCGCCCAACAGCAGUAAAUAUAAUGAUUUCAGCGGAAAAGGUGAAGAUUGUAAAAUUUAUGUUCGGGGCAUCAGUCCGCACGUCACAAAAGAUCAACAAAUCAGUAGCACUGUCGAGGGUAGAAUCUAUACCAAUCCUACAAUUGCGCCAUUCGAAUGUUGUCCAAACAUGCAGACGAUCCAAUCUUCGCUAUUUUCCUUUGGGCAACUGCGCCGAAUUGGUACCUUGGCGGGCCAUGCAUGGACGAAAGAAGAACCGAAAACACCGUGUCGUUUUGUGGUCCCAAACAUUCAAUCUAUUGAAGAAAGAAUUUCGGAAACCAUGUCUCCAGUGCCGAAGGGUGAAGAGCAGGAUGAACCUCGAGAAGGUCACAAUAAUCCGAAGUCUCCACUUAUGAUAGUUGAAAUGAUCGCAAAUAAAUCAGAUCGUAAACGCGUUGCAAAUUCUCUUAACUGUAAACUCGAACCCGGAGAUUUUUCUGGUUGUAUUUGUUAUAUGGAACAAGUUAAAGAGUAUUAUGGUUUUGAUCAUAUAAUCAUCAUCGGAGAACUUCAUGCUGGAAUUCUUUUUUUGGACUGUUACAGUCGUGUGUUCAUAUGGGACUCAAUGUGUUAUGUUUUAUGGAUGCUUGGGGAUUAUUGGAACGAGGCAACAAAGACUAGCCAACCAAAGUGGGGUUUAGAGGUCGAUUGGACUGUUGUCAGAUUUGAAGAAUUUAUGAAUGAUCACAAGAAAGAAGAUGUAAAAGGCGAAUGGGGUAGUGGCGAUUAUGUCAAUACAAAUACUUAUCGUAUCAAUGGUUAUAAGAAUUAUCAAAAUUCAAUCCAAAUAGUAACAGUAAAAGCAUAG